AUGAAUGACGGCGUAGAAAAGAAAAAUGUCGAAGAUACUGAUGAUAAGGUGAUUGACAAUAUUCCUGAAUCUAAAUUGAAUAUGCGAACCACCGCGUUAGUAGAAAUGAAAGAACUUGAUGAUCAUUUCCUCAAAAGUGAAGAUGGAACCAUUACUGGUAAGACACAUGAUAUUACAGAAAUGACAACCGAGGAUAAGAUUGUUUCAUAUACAUUAAAACCAGAUUUAAAUGAGGAGGAACACACAGUUGAAGUACACAGUGAAGAAGCUGAUAAGUCUGAAAUUGGAUAUUUAGAAAAUGAUAAAGUUGAAGGUAGCGUUGAUAAGAAAAAUAAGAUUACUUUAGAAAAGAAUUUUACGAUUGACACGGCUUCAGAAGACAUAAUUAAAGAUGAAUUCAUGCAAACCAUUGUAAGUACAGCAGAUCCAGCUGUUCAACACAUGGGUGAUGUAAUACAAGACGACCUGGAUAACGAGAAAUCCGAAGGCACUGCUAAUGGCGUUAUGGUAUUCAAUUCAGAGUUUGACAUUGAUAAGCACAUUUUAACAGCAGAGCAAGUUGAAGACGAAAAUGAUCUAACCAUAAAAAGUGAAACAACAACCGUAAGUAGUCAGGUAAAUGAUGUUAAUAAAAUGACCGAAAAUAGGAAACCGCCAUGUGAAUCUGAAACAGAUGCAAACGAGCACAACAACCAAGAUCGAAUAAUCUCAAGCCCUGAGAAUAAUGAAUAUGAAGACAAAGAUUUAGGAAAUAUGAAAGUCGAAGGCGUUAAUGAGAACAAAGAAAGGAUUUCAGAAAUUGAUCAUCAAUUGAACAUGAUAAUAACUGAACAACUUAAAGAAGAAAAGAUCGAUCAAACUGAUGAUACGGAAGCACAACAGUUCAAUGAAAACGUGGACAUUUCAAAAGACGAUGGUACCAGUGAUAAAAUAAGUGAUGGACUAUACACGUCAGAGAGUGAAAUGCAAAUGACAUCAGUGGGAGAAAAAGUUGAACAUGAAAUAACUACAAAGGGUGAUGUAGAAGUCGCAACUUGUCCGACUAAUUAUGUUCUUAUGAUGACAGUUGAGAAACAGGCCAACGAAUCUGAAACAGAUGCGCAUAAGCAGAACGAUAAACACGAAUAUAUAACUGAGAGAGAAGCGGGUGAGACUAAAAUUGACGAACGAGAGGCAAAAACUAUCGAAGGCGUCGAUGCUAUACAAAACGUUAUUUUUUCUGAUACUGAACGCCUGAAUCAGACUCAUAACGACUCCCAAGCUACAGAAGAUCAAAAACUGAUUGAUGAAUUUGAAAUAAUGGCAUAUGAGCACGACAGCGACAGUGGAAGUAUCUCUAAUUUAUUGGCUCAAGGCACCGAAAUUAAGCAAUUAGAAAAUACAAAUGAUGAAUAUACCCAUGAUCAGGACAGAAUUUUAGAGGAAGAAAGUCAAAAGGUCGACAUGUUAACAGAUAAACUUGAAGAAGACAUGCAGCAAACCCCUGAUACUGAAUCAGAACUCAAUACAAUACCUAAGAUUGAAGAAAUGAAUGACGGCAUGGAGAAGAAGAAUGUCGAAGAUACUGAUGAGAAGGUGAUUGACAAUAUUCCUGAAUAUAAAUCGGAUAUGCAAACCACCACGUUAGUAGAAAUCAAAGAACAUGAUGAUCAUUUCCUCAAAAGUGAAGAAUGGACCCUUACUGGUAAAACACAUGAUAUUACAGAAAUGACAACCGAGGAUAAGAUUGUUUCAAAUACAUUAAAACCAGAUUUAAAUGAGGAGGAACACACAGUUGAAGUACUCAGUGAAGAAGCUGAUAAGUCUGAAAUUGGAUAUUUAGAAAAUGAUAAAGUUGAAGGUAGCGUUGAUAAGAAAAAUGAGAUUACUUUAGAAAAGGAUUUUACGAUUGACACGGCUUCAGAUGACAAAAUUAAAAAUGAAUUCAUGCAAACCAUUGUUCCUACGGCAGAUCCAGCUGUUCAACACAUGGGUGAUGUAAUACAAGACGACCUGGAUAAGGAGAAAUCCGAAGGCACUGCUAAUGACGUUAUGGUAUUCAAUUCAGAGUUCGAAAUUGAUAAGCACAUUUCAACAGCAGAGCAAGUUGAAGACGAAAAAGAUCUAACCAUAAAAAGUGAAACAACAACCGUAAGUAGUCAGAUAAAUGAUGUUAAUGAAAUUACCAAAAAUAAGAAACCGCCAUGUGAAUCUGAAACAGAUGCAAACGAGCACAACAACCAAGAUCGAAUAAUCACAAAUUCAGAGAAUAAUGAAUAUGAAGACAAAGAUUUAGGAAAUAUGAAAGUCGAAGGCGGUAAUGAGAACAAUGAAAGGAUUUCAGAAAUUGAUCAUCAAUUGAACAUGAUAAUAACUGAACAACUUAAAGAAGAAAAGAUCGAUCAAACUGCUGAUACGGAAGCACAACUGUUCAAUGAAAACGUGGACAUUACAAAAGACGAUGGUACCAGUGAUAAAAUAAGUGAUGGACUAUACGCGUCAGAGAGUGAAAUGCAAAUGACAUCAGUGGGAGAAAAAGUUGAACAUGAAAUAACUACAAAGGGUGAUGUAGAAGUCGCAACUUGUCCGACAAAUGAUGUUCUUAUGGUGACAGUUGAGAAACAGGCCAACGAAUCUGAAACAGAUGCGCAUAAGCAGAACGAUAAACACGAAUAUAUAACUGAGAGAGAAGCGGGUGAGACUAAAAUUGACGAACGAGAGGCAAAAACUAUCGAAGGCGUCGAAAACGUUAUUUUUUCUGAUACUGAACGCCUCAAUCAGACACAUAACGAUUCCCAAGCUACAGAAGAUAAAAAACUGUUUGAUAAAUGUGAAAUAAUGGCAUAUGAGCACCACAGCGACAGUGGAAGUAUCUCUUAUUCAUUGGCUGAAGGCACCGAAAUUAAGCAGUUAGAAAAUACAAAUGAUGAAUAUACCCAUGACCAGGACAGAAUUUUAGAGGAAGAAAGUCAAAAGGUCGACAUGUUAACAGAUAAACUUGAAGAAGACAUGCAGCAAACCCCUGACACUGAAUCCGAACUCAAUACAAUACCUAAGAUUGAAGAAAUGAAUGACGGCGUGGAGAAGGAGAACGUCGAAGAUACUGAUGAGAAGGUGAUUCACAAUAUUCCUGAAUCUAAAUCGAAUAUGCAAACCACCACGUUAGUAGAAAUCCAAGAACAAGAUGAUCAUUUCCUCAAAAGUGAAGAAUGGACCCUUACUGGUAAAACACAUGAUAUUAAAGAAAUGACAACCGAGGAUGAGAUUGUUUCAUAUACAUUAAAACCAGAUUUAAAUGAGGAGGAACACACAGUUAAAGUACUCAGUGAAGAAGCUGAUAAGUCUGAAAUUGGAUAUUUAGAAAAUGAUAAAGUUGAAGGUAGCGUUGACAAGAAAAAUGAGAUUACUUUAGAAAAGGAUUUUACGAUUGACACGGCUUUCGAGGACAAAAUUAAAGAUGAAUUCAUGCAAACCACUGUUCCUACGGCAGAUCCAGCUGUUCAACACAUGGGUGAUGAAAUACAAGACGACGUGGAAUACGAGAAAGCCGAAGGCACUGCCAAUGACGUUAUUGUAUUCAAUCCAGAGUUCGAAAUUGAUAAGCACAUUUUAACAGCAGAGCAAGUUGAAGACGAAAAUGAUCUAACCAUAAAAAGAGAAACAACAACCGUACGUAGGCAGGUAAAUGAUGUUAAUGAAAUGACCCAAAAUAGGAAACCGCCAUGUGAAUCUGAAACAGGUGCAAACGAGCACAACAACCAAGAUCGAAUAAUCUCAAGCCCAGAGAUUAAUCAAUAUGAAAACAAAGAUUUAGGAAAUAUGAAAGUCGAAGGCGUUAAUGAAAACAAUGAAAGGAUUUCAGAAAUUGACCAUCAAUUGAACAAGGCAUUAACUGAACAACUUAAAGAAGAAAAGACCGAGAAAACUGCUAUUACGGAACUACAACAGGUCAAUGAAAACGUGGAUAUUGCAAAGGAUAGUGGCAGCAAUGAUAAUAUAAGUGACAGACAAUACGCGUCAGAGAGUGAAAAGCAAAUGACGUCAGUGGGAGAAAAAUUUGAACAUGAACUAACUACAACGGGUGAAACCGAAACCGCAACUUGUCCGACUCAUGACGUUCUUAUGGUGACAGUUGAGGAACAGUGCAACGAAUCUGAAACAGAUGCGCAUAAGCAUAACGAUAAACACGAAUAUAUAACUGAUGGAAAAGCGCACGAGACUAGAAUUGAAGAACGAGAGACACGAAAUAUCGAAGGACUCGAUGCUGUAAACAACGUCUGUUUUUAUGAUACUGAAUGCUUCAAUCUGACACAUAACGAUCCUAAAACUCAAGAAAAUACGAAAGUGAUAGAUGACUCUAAAAUAGGGGCAUAUGAGCACGACAGCAACAGUGAUAGUAGCCCUAAUACAUUGACUCAAGAAAUCGAAUUUAACCAAUUAGAGAAUGCAAAAUAUGAGUAUAUCGAUGAUCAGGACAGAAUAUUAGAGCAACAACGCUUAAAGAACACAUUGUUAACAGAACAAAUUGAAGACAAUAUGCAGCAAACUACUGAUACUGAAUCGGAACUCGAUACUAGACGGAUGAAUCAUGAAAUAAAUGACGACGUGGACAAGCGUAAAGGACUAAAUGUCGAAGGACUAUUUGCUAUACAAAACGUCAGUUUGUCUGAUACUGAACGCCUCAGUAAGACACAUAAUGAUAAUAAAACUAAAGAAGAUGCAACACUGGUAGAUGAAUGUGAAAAAGUGGCAAAUGAGUCCGACAGCAAAAGGGGAAGUGUCUCUAAUACAUUGACUAAUGAAACAGACGUGCAUCAAUCAGAAAAUACGAAAUAUGAAUAUACCGAUGUCCAUGACAGAAUUUUAGAGCAAAGCACAGAACAGAGCACAUUGUUAACACGAACAAUUGAAAAGGACAGGCAGCAAACCUCUGAUACUGAAUCAGAACUUGUAGACAGACAUGUGAAUGAAGUAAUAAAGGACGGCAUCGGAAAUGAAAACGACGAAGAUACCGCUGAGUCGGAAAUUAUCAAAAGAGAUGAUGAUAAAUGCAACAAAAUUGAAGAAGAAACAGUUGCUAAUCAGACAAAUAAAGUUGAAACAGAUUUAAAUGAGCAAGACAGCAAAAGUGAAUUAAUUUCCAGUCAAGAUGCUAUUAAAUCUGUACCUGGUGAUUUUGAAAAUAGGAAACUGGCAGUGAACGUUGAUAAAGAAAAUAAGCGUUUUUCGGGAAGAGAUUAUCAGUUGGACAUGGUGUUAACUGAAAAACAUACGGAGGAGCCGAUAGUGCAAACCACUGAUACGGAAGCAGAACAAGUUCCUAUACUUAAGACUGUGGAAAUUAAUGAACACGUGGAAACUAAUACACAAGAAGGCAGUAAAAGAAAUGUUAUUGAUAGCAUAUCUGAGUAUGAGCGAGAAUUUGAAAUGACAUCAUUUGGAGAUGAAAACGUUGAAAAUGCAGUAAUUCCGUCUAAGGACGUUCUUACAGUCCGUAAGAAACCAGUAUAUAUACAUGAACAUGAUGCAAAUGAGCAAGACAAACGCAAAAAUGUUACUGAGGAUGAGGUAGAGAAAAUUGAAAUUGGAGGAAGGGAAAAACUUAAGAUCGAAGAAACCGAUGCUUUAGAAAAUGAAAGUUUUUCUUAUAAUGCAAUAGACAGAAUAUCUGAGUCUGAGCCUAACAUGCAAAUGUCGCCAAAAGGUGUGGAAGUUGAACAUGAACUUUUCACAAUCGGUGAGGUAGAAACCAAAAUAAAUGCGACUAACGACACUCUAAAAUUGCUAGAAGGGGAGAGACCGCCAUAUCUUUAUAAAAUUGAUGCACAUGAAGGCAUUACAAACGGAAACAUUACUGAGGAGGAGGCAAAAGAAACUAAAAUUGGAGGAAUAGCCAAAUUACACGCCGAAGGAACAAUUUCUAAAGAAAAUGACAGUCCUUCUGAUACUGAACGUGUCAGUGUAAAAAAUGACAUCCCUGAUAUGAAAGAAGAUGGGAAACUGUUACAUGAAACUGCAACAGGUGCAAUUAAAGAUGAGAACCAGCAAUCCAAUAAAACAGAAGACGACGCAAUGGUUAAACGGGUGAAUGCAGUAAUGAAUGACGAUAUGGAACAUGAAAAAGACAAAGGGGCUGAUGACCACGUAAUUGGAAGCGUAAAGUUGAUAUAUGAGUUCAAUAGUUACAAGCAAACUAAAUUAGUAGAAGUACAAGAUGAAAAUUAUCAAUCCGCCAAAAGUGAUGAAAAGGCCGUAAAAACCCAGACAAAUGGUGUCACUGAAAUGCCUAAAUAUGAGCCAUACGUCCUCAGGGAACCCCUCUCCAAAGAUGAGAAUAGAAAUGAAAGCAUGUCUGAAAAAGAAGCUAAGAUGGAGACAACCGGGAGUGAAAAUGCAUGUAAUGAACAAGAGAAAGUGACAGAUGUUGUCGAAGAGAAUGAAGACAAUGUGAAUUGCGAUGAUGAAACUCUUGAAAUCAUAGCCGAGCGUAUCGUACAAGCUGUAUUUAAACAAAUAUGUGAAGAUGACAGAUAUACUGAAUGGGAACACGUAUUAAGUGUAGCUGAAUCUGAAAUUGGCAUCAAUAAACAAGACAUCAAUAGCAAAAAGAUCGACACUGAAGUCAUCAAAAGGAAUGAAAAAGUUGAUGAAAAAUUCGAAAAUAUGAUAAACACUGAAACUGAUGAUGAAUUAGAAAACGAGAUAUCCGUAGACACACGUGAAAAAGGAAAUGACAUCCUAGAAGACAAAGAGCAAGGUCUAUUGGACAAGGUGGCAUUAGAAGAAGGUACAAACCAGAGGGACUAUGUUAAACCCAAAGAUUAUAUUGAGAAAGAAAAUGAAAAUCGACCAGACAUGGAAACCGUCUCAGAGGAGGUAAGGAAUCAAGAAAGCACCCAUCACCAGGAAAAGGAAACGCAGUCCGUUAUUAAACAUACCGAUUUUAUUCCCAAGGUAAUGGAAGAUGAAAAGUUGAAAACUGAAAAUGAAGAUAAAGUUGAGAUAACAAUAAGUUUAACUGGGUCUACAACAAAAGUAAGUGAAAAGGUAGAUUUAAGACAUGAAAAUAAAUCAAACUUAGAAAACCUCGAAAAGUCAGAUGACUCCGUUAUGUUAUCAACUCUUUCUGAUAUCACAUCAAAAGAACUUUAUUCUUACGAAGAAACGGCGAAUUCAUCACAAGCUGGAGACCUAAACGAUGAUUUUACUGAAAACACAUAUUCAGACACAUUUGAGUCCGUUUCUGAACAUCAUUCUACGAAUGGAACAUCAAAUAUGCUCGAAACCCAUCAGUCAAAUGAAAGUGUUACCUUUGGUUCCUCUUUGACAAUACCUGGGAUGAUGCUGCAAGGCGUACGAAGGUCGUCACUGUCUGAUUUGGAAGACUUACCAAUGGAAUAGGCGAUUGUAAUAAAUGACUCAUAUUUUAGAUAUAUUACUAUGAUCAUUUUUAUUAACCAUUAAACAAUCACCAUAGUAGAAAUGCUAUUGAAAAUCAUUCGCAAAAUAACUAGUAGAUAUGUAAUAUUAUUCAAGUAUAUCAUGUAUAUUGGCAUGUUCUUAUUUAUCGUUUCUAAUUGCUUGCGUUAUCCAUGUAUGUUUUAAGCACUUAAAUAGAAUGUUGCUUCCAAUACAAGCUCCUCUUUUGACAAUGUCUUUUAUAGACUAGCUGACAGUUAUACAAUUUUUGUAAGCACUUUCCAUUGUAUGCAUUUAAAAAAUAAUUAGUUUGCUUUUAUAAUUUUCAUUUAGGCAUUUUGUGUUUUUAUUUCUAAUAUGCAGGCCUUUUAAUCCCUGUGUGUGUGACUGUUGUAUAACUUAAUUGUUUAAUUUUGGUGGUUUGUGUAUUCAAAUAUGUAUGCAUUGUAAUGCAAUUUUACAUGUGAUUAGUAUUCUGUUAAGAAUAUUUAUAAUUGAUAAUUCAUCAACCAAUAGAAAUGUGUGAAUCAGUGAACAGUAGACCAAUUAUAGUUAUAUAUUUUUGUUAAGUAUAUUUAUAAUUGAUAAUUCAUCAACCAGUAGAAAUGUGUGAAUCAGUGAACAGUAGACCAAUUAUAGUUAUAUAUUUUUGUUAAGUAUAUUUAUAAUUGAUAAUUCAUCAACCAGUAGAAAUGUGUGAAUCAGUGAACAGUAGACCAAUUAUAGUUAUAUAUUUUUGUUAAGUAUAUUUAUAAUUGAUAAUUCAUCAACCAGUAGAAAUGUGUGAAUCAGUGAACAGUAGACCA